AUGAAGGCUCUGGGGGAAACCGAGGAGUCGGAAAAGCUGAGUAAGAUGAGUUCUCUCUUGGAACGGCUCCAUGCAAAAUUUAACCAAAAUAGGCCUUGGAGUGAAACAAUUAAGCUUGUGCGACAAGUCAUGGAGAAGAGAGUUGUGAUGAGUUCUGGAGGGCACCAACAUUUGGUCAGCUGUUUGGAGACAUUGCAAAAAGCUCUCAAAGUAACAUCAUUACCCGCAAUGACUGAUCGUUUGGAGUCUAUAGCAAGACAAAAUGGACUGGGCUCUCAUCUCAGUGCCAGUGGCACUGAAUGUUACAUCACGUCAGAUAUGUUCUAUGUGGAGGUGCAGUUAGACCCUGCAGGACAGCUUUGUGACGUAAAAGUGGCUCACCAUGGGGAGAAUCCUAUGAGCUGUCCAGAGCUUGUACAGCAACUAAGGGAAAAAAAUUUUGAUGAAUUUUCUAAGCACCUUAAGGGUCUUGUUAAUCUUUAUAACCUUCCAGGAGACAACAAACUAAAGACUAAAAUGUACUUGGCUCUCCAGUCCUUAGAACAGGAUCUAUCUAAAAUGGCAGUCAUGUAUUGGAAAGCAACCAACGCUGGUCCCUUAGAUAAGAUUCUUCAUGGAAGUGUUGGCUAUCUCACGCCAAGAAGCGGGGGUCAUUUAAUGAAUUUGAAGUACUAUGCCUCUCCUUCUGACCUGCUGGAUGAUAAGACUACAUCUCCCAUCAUUUUGCAUGAAAAUAAUGUUCCUCGAUCUUUGGGCAUGAAUGCAUCAGUGACAAUUGAAGGAACAUCUGCUAUGUAUAAACUCCCAAUUGCACCAUUAAUUAUGGGGUCACACCCAGUUGACAACAAAUGGACCCCAUCUUUUUCCGCAAUCACCAGUGCCAACAGUGUUGAUCUUCCUGCGUGUUUCUUCUUGAAAUUUCCCCAGCCAAUCCCAGUAUCUAGAGCAUUUGUUCAGAAACUUCAGAAUUGCACAGGAAUUCCAUUGUUUGAAACUCAACCAACUUAUAUACCCCUCUAUGAACUGAUCACUCAGUUUGAGCUGUCAAAGGACCCUGACCCCAUACCUUUGAAACACAACAUGCGAUUUUAUGCUGCUCUUCCAGGUCAGCAGCACUGCUAUUUCCUUAACAAGGAUGCUCCUCUUCCAGAUGGCAGAAGUCUACAGGGAACCCUUGUUAGCAAAAUCACCUUUCAGCACCCUGGCCGAGUUCCUCUUAUCCUCAAUCUAAUCAGACACCAAGUGGCCUAUAAUACCCUAAUUGGAAGCUGUGUCAAAAGAACUAUUCUUAAAGAAGAUUCUCCUGGGCUCCUUCAAUUUGAAGUGUGUCCCCUCUCAGAGUCCCGCUUCAGUGUAUCUUUUCAACACCCUGUGAAUGACUCCCUGGUGUGUGUGGUAAUGGAUGUGCAGGACUCAACACAUGUGAGCUGUAAACUCUACAAGGGGCUGUCAGAUGCACUCAUCUGCACAGAUGACUUCAUUGCCAAAGUUGUUCAAAGAUGUAUGUCCAUCCCUGUGACGAUGAGGGCUAUUCGGAGGAAGGCUGAAACCAUUCAGGCUGACACCCCAGCACUGUCCCUCAUUGCAGAGACAGUUGAAGACAUGGUGAAAAAGAACCUGCCCCCGGCUAGCAGCCCAGGGGAGCCGGGGCUAAACUGCUUCACCCUGCCUGAGAACCAGGGAGCACUGCAUUUCUCCACAGGGUGGAGGAGAAGAGGCAGAAUAAACCAAGCCUGGGACACCUCCCUCCUGUCUAGGUGUACUCAUUCUCCUGUUUCAAAAGACGGCAAGGACACGAAGUCAACUUCUACCUGUUUUCUGCUGCUGGCGUCUUAUGUAUUCUUUGACUUGAUUUCUCUUCUGUCUUUAGCUUCGUGUUAG